AUGGCCGACCGAGAACUUAUAGACCUUUCCGAAGUGACGUGUCCCAUCUGUCUGGACGUUUACGUCCAUCCGGUAUCCACCAGUUGCGCACACGCGUUCUGCAAAUCUUGCAUGAAUAGAGCCGCGGAACAGAGGAAUCGUCGGUGUCCACUUUGUAGAUCUCCGAUAUUCCGCAUUAAACGGCGAGGAGAUAAAAUAGAGAAAAUCGAGAGUAUCGCGUCGACCCAUUACGCCGUCUGUGACUACUGCGGAAAAGUGAUCCUUUUAUCGCGAUUACGUCAUCACGCGGACAAAUGCCAAAGGACUAUCAAUAACGGAAAAAAGAAAAGAUCAACUCUUAAGAAAAUCGUUAAAUGCGGGCGAUGCGAGAAGAACGUUUCCGGAUACUUACCUGGAAUUAUCCUCACUUCACAUUUUCACAUGAGGUCAACUGUUCGCACAAGAAGCAGUCCUAAGUUUAUUAUACCUCCGAUUGAAACAAUAUUUUCCAAGAUGGAAUUAGAGAAAUUACAAGAGAGUUUAAAUACUACGGAGGAACCUAAGAAGAAUAAGGAGAAUCCUAAGAAGCAAACAGAUGAUGAUAUUAAAGUAGCAGAAAAAUCAUGA